GGAGCUCAGACCUGCGGGUUGUUAUCCCUCUACCCCUUCCCUGGUGACAGCAGCCUGGGUACCCACAGCAUCCCUGGCUCCGCUGCAGGGUUUGUAUUUCCUUCAAGCUUCUCCUGAUAACAGAACACCUAAUUGUGCAGGCUCCACACGUGAGUGACUGAGAGAAUGAAGACGGAGUGGGGAAUGGCGUUGUCAUGGCUGUGCUGAAUGUCCCAGGCACCUCCUGACACCAGAUCUCGCCUUGCACGUUUGGAGGAGCUCUGUGUAGUGCACGGUGCAGGGAGCCAGGACCACUCAGGAGCAGAGCCCGAGGGAAGCUGAGUGCUGAGCAUCCCCUCCUCCCGCUGCUGACUCCAAGGUCUCAGCUGGGCGGUGGUGAGCAGCCAACAAAGAAACGUCUCCACAAGCAAUGGACUGAAGGAGACUGCUGCUGAGCGCCGGUGGCACAGUCUGAAACUUGAAGAGCAUCUGAAGUUCUUGCCAUCCAACAGCCCCAUUUCGUCAGCAAUUUUGCUCCGUUCCCUUCUCCCUUCUCCUGUUCCAUCACCGAGAUCCCAUCUCGCACACAGCAGUAGCAGUUUGGGUUCCCUAUCUGGCACGUGCGUCAGUGCGUUGCCCUCAGCUUCGCGCCCUCAGUUCUGCACAUCCCAUGGGUUCCAUUCUGGGGUCUUUUUCACAUUCUUAAGCACAGAUCCUCCCGCAUGGCUCCUGGCCCCUUCAGCCUCCCCAACAGCAGCUCCUCCUCCUUCGUCCUUGUGGGUGUCCCCACCCUGGAAGCUUUCCCCAUCUGCCUGGGCAUCCUUUUCUGCUCAGCGUACAUCGUCGCCCUGCUAGGAAAUAGCACGGUCCUGCUGGUCAUUGCACUGGACAGGUCCCUGCGGGACCCCAUGCACUGCUUCCUGGCCAUGCUGGCCGCCAUCGACGUGGUGAUGGUGACGUCCAUCGUCCCCAAGCUGCUGGGCAUCUUCUGGCUCCAUUCCAACCAGAUCGGUUACACCGCCUGCUUUGCUCAGAUGUUCUUUGUUCACUCCGCCACAUCAGAGGAGUCAGGAGUGCUCCUGGCCAUGGCUUUUGACCGCUACGUCGCCAUUUGUCACCCCCUCAGGUACAGAAUGAUCCUGAAUCGACACACAGUUGCCCGGAUAUGCCUGGCCAUCGUGGUGAGAGCACUGCUUUUCAUGGUGCCGUUGACAGGGAUGGUGACAAACCUCCCCUACUGCCGUUCCCUCGUGGUUCCCCAUUCAUACUGCGAGCACAUGGCUGUCACCAGUCUUGCCUGCGCAGACCCCAACCCCAGCAGGCUGUACAGCAUAUCCAUGUCCUCUCUCAUAGUAGGGACAGACACAGCUUUCAUUGCUGCGUCCUACCUGAUGAUCCUGAAAGCCGUCCUGGGCAAGGAAUCGUGCAGGAGGGCCUUCAGCACCUGCGGGUGCCACAUCUGUGUGAUGAUGCUGUACUACAUCCCCGGCCUGCUCUCCAUCUACGUGCAGCACUUUGGCCAGGCUGUGUCUGUGCGUGCACAGGUUCUGCUGGCCGACCUCUACCUCACCCUCCCCGCCGUGCUGAACCCCAUCAUCUACAGCAUGAGGACCAGGCGGAUCCAGGAGGCAGCGCUCAGCCUGCUGCGCCCCAGGAAGGCUCACGGCUGUCACAGCGCUCAGUGACUUCCCAGGGCUAUGGACCCACACAAACACAGCACCCAUUCCAUUCCCAGUGGAUGCACGCAGGGAAUGGAAGCCAUGAGGGGAUGGGGGAGGACUUGGCUUUAAUGGCUGUGUGAGACCCUACAGUGCGACAGGACGUGUUUGGGACCGGGAUGAUGAGCAGAUGCCAGGCUGCCAUUGCCCUUCCUUCUCACAAGAGAAGAGGUGCAGCCACCGGCUUUGGGUUUUGAGAUGUUCUCUGUGCUGUGAAUGUCCCUGUGGUGGUUUAAAAUUCACAACUGCACGUGUCUUUGUGUCAAUAAACAGAUUCUAUUCAAAAUGGGGAAAUUUCUUCUACGGUGUCUUUUUGACUCAAUGCAAACCUAUCGUUGCUGUCAGCAGGAGACUGCCCUACAUUGCAGGGUCUGUAGUCAGCCAGUUCCUGUGGGAUGUGUAAGAUA